GGGAUUAAAGGACAUUCGCAGUGCGGUACGACAAGAUGGCAGCGCCCGUUGCUUGGAAAAUAUAUUUUUCAUGUCUGUGAUAAUUAAUUGAUUUUGAAUAAUUGGAAGCAGUUGAAAACAUUCGUUUAUUGACGUUUCAUAGUGUGUAUGAACCCAUACAUAUGGCGCUCUGUUUGUGCAGAUGCCAUGCAAUGGCGCGGAUGUACUAUCCAUUUUCUCGGUUGUUUAGAAACUUCAGUUCAAGUUCAUGUUUGAAAUCAAAUCGUGGAGAGGUGAUCAUGAAUGUUUUCGAUAGGAAAGCAAAGCGAAUGCAUCGUGACAGGUCUGCUGUUAUGCCAGAUUACAAAGUUUACGAAUAUAUUAAGGAAGAGAUUGGAUACAGAGUUGCUGACCGGGUGGGAGAUAUAAAAAGGGAGUUUGAAGUGCUGGUGGACUUGGGCUGUGGCCGAGGCUAUGUAUCCAAACAUCUCCUGAAAGACACAGUGAAGACAAUAUAUCAGUGUGAACUGUCUGAGAAAAUGUUGAGUCAGAGUGAAGUAUCUAUUGAAGUACCUACAUAUAGAAUUGUAGCAGAUGAGGAAUACUUUCCAUUCAGAGACAAUUCUCUUGACAUUGUUGUCAGCAGUCUGAGUCUUCACUGGGUGAACGAUUUACCUGGCUGUUUUAAACAGGUGUUUAAUGCACUGAAGCCUGAUGGGGUGUUUCUAGGCUGCAUGUUUGGAGGGGACACUCUGUUUGAGCUGAGAGUUGCCCUACAGCUGGCUGAACAGGAGAGAGAAGGGGGCAUUUCACCGCACAUCUCCCCAUUUACGAGUGUUCAAGAUCUUGGUAACUUGUUGAACCGAGCUGGCUUCACCAUGUUAACAAUGGAUGUGGAUGAGAUGAAGAUUACAUAUCCAUCAAUUUAUGAACUGAUGUAUGACUUGAAAGGCAUGGCUGAAAACAACUGUACAUGGUCAAGAAAGCCAGCACUUCGAAGGGACACCAUAAUGGCUGCCGAUGCUAUUUACAGAGACAUGUAUGGACAAAAGGAAGGCCUGCCAGCCACUUUCCAGGCAAUCUACUUCAUUGGCUGGAAACCCCAUCCGUCGCAACCAAAGCCUGCCCAGCGAGGGUCUGGUCAAAUGUCUCUGAAAGACAUCGCAAAUCUUGCGGAUAUCACAGAGACAUUGACACCUGAAGAUGCGAAGAAAAUCAGCGAUAUGUUGUCCAAUAUGGAAGAGGAUCCAAAAAAGACUUGAUGCCUAUCUAUACAAUAUGUUUAAUUAAGUUUAUUUGAAUAAAUUAAUCCAAUAAUA